GAGACUAUUUGCGUGACGUAGAAAAUAGUGGACAUGACGUCGCAAACCAACAACAACAAAGAUGGAGGCACGUUACCUCGGGUGACUGUAACGUUAUUGUCGCCUAGUCUGUCUAGCGGUCAGCUAGCUAUUCCAGCGCCGCCGACCAACCGGUCCCAGCCAUGAGCUCUCUAAGCUACUUCACCCCGGCCCGAGAAGAAGAGCUGCUGUGGUCGGGAAACGCAGGCGCAGCCACCGGACCUCAACCCAGCACCCUCGGAGGAGAGGAGGCACGGCGCUUCUAUCAAAGCCUCAUAGAAGAAGGGGAUGGAGAGGAGAGACGAGGAAUGGAGCAGAGGGGGAGAGAGAACCGCAGGGGGAGAAGAGCAGGGCAGCACGUCCAGGCUAGCAGGCAGCAGGCUACCACCACCAGUACUACCACAGAACUGGAGGGGCUAAGACUACUGCGUUGUGCCCAGGAAGGAGACCUGUCUGGGGUGAGAGGCCUGCUGUCCCGGGGGGUGGAUGUCAACUUCCAGGACAGCUGGUGGUGGACAGGUGUGAUGUGUGCAGCGGCGGCAGGGCAGCGAGGUGUCGUUAGGCUCCUCCUCCAGCAGGGGGCGGCGUGGGUGGGCGUGGUCGACACGCAGGGCCGGGACGCCAGGGAGCUGGCUAGGAUGGCGGGGCAUAGCGGGGUCCUAGAGGAACUGGACCACUACGGGUCUCCGCAGGACUGUGACCGGCCUGGGAGACAGAGGGGUCAACACAACCAUUACAGGAGAGAGACGCAGGACCACAGUUCUCCCCCAGUGGUAGCAGCAGUCCAGACUCAUCAGAACCAGUCCACCCAGAAUCAGACCCAGUGGUGUCCAGUCUGCAGUGUCCACUACUCCUCUCCCCCAGAGACACACCUCUCCUCCACCCUCCACCUGUUCUCUCUCUCCCGCCCUGCGCCCCCUCCCCACUACUGCCUCCCCCCCUCCACCCCCGCUUACCAGAUGAUGCUGCGCUCCGGAUGGACCCCUGGAGGGGGCCUGGGGCCCGAAGGGGAGGGUCACAAACAGCCGGUCCGGACCGUCCUGAAGAGGGACAGUAGAGGCCUGGGGUACGGACCCACACCCCGACCCAAGGUCACACACUUCCAACCCAAAGACCCGCAGGCAGUCAGACGGGCGGGGAAGGAGGGUCGGAGGGGGAGGAGGGGGAUGAAGGAGGAGAGCAGGAGGGAGGAGAAGGACAGGAACUGGGAGAGAGACUUCCGCUCUUCCUUUAACACCUUUGACCCCUGACCUCUAAAUGCUGACCCAGGGACACCUGUUGUAGUCAGUUUCUCUCUAGUGUACUCUCUCUCUCUCUCUCUCUCUCUCUCUAGUGUACACUCUA